CCCCCCCCCCCCACUUUGGAAUUCCAAGACACAAAGUUUUAUACAGGGUCUUAAGUUUGCAGGGGUCAUCAGGAGGCAUCGCGUUUGCACUCCUAACCGAGGAGCUGAGAGGACACAACUGACUGCUACCUUGCCUUUGUUGCAAGGGGGAGGAACCCUGAGCUUUGAGGCCAGACAAGCUGUCAGGAUGUCCCUUUAACGUUUAUGUUUGCUAACUUAGUCUUGGGCCUGGGUGGUGGUAGGGCCGCCUGGCCCCUCCUCCCAGGGUGACAUUAACUCCCUCCCUUCACUGGUAAAAUUCCCAGUAGGACAUUUGGCAGAAGAGCUGGGCAGGGAGCUGCCAACCAGGCCUGGCCCUGUUUCCUGGGUUCCCAGGGUGCUGGCUUUUCCCCGACCCUGACUUCCUUUCCCACCUUAGGGCCCCAAGUGAAGGCACCAUCUCUCCUGUCCCAUCUUCCUCAGGCGGGUUGGGACUCGCAGAACCAUCUAACAAGCAGAGAAGGAAAAUAACAACAGAAUAACUGUAAGAGGAAGGAAUGAGUAAUAAAGCCGACCCAGGCAGGGAGGAGGGCUUUCAUGUUUAAGAGAUGCUAUUUGCUUUUUAGGUCACAGGCUGCGAAAACAGGCUUUGAUCCGAUCCGAAGUGGGCGAAUAAUUUAUUGAGAAAGUUUGCAUGGUAGGGGAAAAAAGGGAUGUUUGUUUGAUCUGGAGGCCUCUCAGUUGUCCCAAGUGCUGUUGGCUGUUGUCUAGAGUGGAAAAGCAUUUGGUUCCACAGCAAAUGCCUCACUGAGGGAAGUCCUCGCCCCAGGCAGCAAGACUUGCAGUGAGUGUUGGUUUUGAAACUGCUUAGCCAAGGGUCUCCCCAGCACUUUUGGAGUUGAAGUGUUUAAGGGUAGAGUUGUUUGGGCUCGGGAUGCAGCAAAUGUUUCCAGAACAUUUCCCAUCCAACGUGCUUUUCCUUUCCCUAAAUGGCCUGGCUGAAUGGCCAAUUACACUGAUCCAAGAGGCAGUCGGAAAUCUCCACUUAGCUUUUGUUGACAGGUGAGGUGGAACUCUGAUCCCCAGACCCCAAGGCCUUCCAGAAUCUUGAGGUUAGGCUUUUGGCACUGAUUUCCACAUCCUUGAGGUUGGGGGUUAGGGUAUUAAUCGUUGUUCCAGUUAUCAGGGAGGUACUUAUCUUAUACCCAAGACCCAAGUCAGAGGCUUCCAGUCCAAAUUCUUCACAGCUCAUCCAGCAGGCUCUUUUUGGGACUCACAGUUUUCCCUUUGGGGUCUCUGGGUGGGGGGCAAGUUGAAGUUGUGAAGAGGGGAAUAUCUGUGCCUUGCCCUGUCCUCCAUGUAAGAGCCUCACCAUGUGUCUCAAAGUUGAGGAACCCAGGGAGACUCUCAGGAAACCCGUAAGAAUCUGGAGUACCCCAACCAUACUCCCGAGUUGCAGGUCUGUGCACUGUAUGCUGUACCCCUCCUCCCCCCACCCCCCGAGGUGGGAGCAAGGUGUUCUCUCUAAGAUCAGACAGCCUAGGUUUGAGUGCUGGCUUUGCAGUCACCAGCUGUGGCAACUGCUCCAUGCCUCAGUUUCUUCAUCUGCAAAUGGGGUUACUGACAGUACCUACCUCAUGGUGGGUGUGUGGAUUAAGUGAUACAUUGCAUAAAGAAGACUAAGCACAAAGCCGGGCAUGGGGUAAGCACCUGAUUGGUAUUAGCAAUUCUUACUAUUAAUAACCUGGAUAGGACCCAAACGCAGCUGACCUUUGACCUCUCCCCUUUAAGGUAGGCCAGAGAGCCAGCUCCAUUCUCUGAAGAAGGAAUCAGAAGGACCCUGCAGUUGCCAAUGGGCAGUCAUCCAUGGAACGAGUGGGCUGAACUUUGCCCUCUCUGUGGUGGAGGGUAGGGUGCGAAGGUGCUGAAGGACAAAGUAGACAAAGCCCCUUUCUGUCUCCAAGGAUCCCCUUGGCUUGUCCUCAGAACUGGGUCUGGAUGGUGGGUGUGGAGAGUGUGUUCUAGGGGAGCUGGGUGCCCCCGGGACAGGCGAGCAGCGAUGGGUGUUGGAGGAGGGUUAGGAUUCCCUGUGAUUGGAGAAGCAAGUCUGAGGAUCUGUGUGUACAAAAUCACUGUUGUCACAGCAGUUACUGUCCCUGAGAAGGCAUUAAAGUUAAUGAGAGAUAGGAAAGAGUGGGGCUCUGACCCCCAUUUAAAACGGUUUAAGAGUAUGCAGCUCUUGUUUUCUGAAUGUCUGGCCUUCCCGACACAAGCAGGCUCUGAGGACAGGUUUUCCAGCCGAAAUAUCAUUAAAUUGUAUUAGCAUCUUAUUACACACACGCCUUAGCGGUCUGCCUCAGACAGGGAGAGUUUUUGUUUCUCUUUGAAAGAUUGUGUCUGGAAUGGUAAAUUGCCUGCUUGAAAGCCUUUUCCUCCCCUUUUUAAAGGAGGAAGACGAAAUCCUGCUGUGUGUGGUGGCAGGCUGGGCAGGCCUGGUGGCCCCCAGAGAGGAGAGGCCGGAGGCCAGGUUGGGCUGUUUUAACUGCCCAGGGAGCUGCCGCAGUAGCAGGCCUGAAAGACCCACUGUUUCCAGGGUCAGCUGGAGGGGCGUUAAUGGAGGCCCAGGGUGUUUAUUUGAGUUUAUUUGCGGAGAGGUCUUUAAAGGGGGCUGGCAUUGGGCAUUGGUGUUUCAAGUCCAGACCUGAGGUCCCCACUAAGACCAGUGGCUAGUGCUGCCAAGAAAACAUCUGCCACCAAAUUGCUGCCCUAUUACUGAGUUGACAUUGAUCAUUAGCCAGGAGCCCAACCAAAUAAAGCCUCUUGGAAAACGUGUGAGGUUAAGACGGGGAAGGCGGGCUGUGCAAACAGGUCGAAAUCUGGGGCUGGGGUGUUUGCUCCCAUAGGCUGUGAGCAGGCUGCUGGGCUGUGUGGCCCCACACUUCUGGGGGGAGGGGACAAGAGCACACUCAGCACUGAGUGUGCACCAAACUCUUGUCAUGUGCUAGGUACAUCUCAAAGGGGUACUGGGCACCAGCAAGGAUCCAAACAGUUACACUUUUUCUUGUUGUGAAACAUAUACUCUGAAGGAGAAGGACAUUCAACAAGUAGCUCAACAGACACUUCUAAAGAAGCUGAGUAACUGGGUGGUGGGCUUUCUGUAGAUAAGGCAGCUGGCAUAGACCUCUGUGAUGUUUAAGCCAAAACCUGAAGGAUGAAAAGUCAGAGAUGCCUAGAUUGUGUAGACCAUUACAGGCAUAGAGCACACCUGUGCACAGGUCUGAUGGCAUGGACUGUCUGUUUCAGGAAAUGAAAGGAGGCUGGUUUGACUGGGAAGUGGUAGGAAACGGGCUGGUGGUCAAUAUGCAGAAAACAGGGACCAGAUCAUAUAAAGUCUUAUGGUUAGAAGUUUGAGUUUUGCCCUUGAUCAACAGGAAGCCUGUGAAAGAUUUCAAAUAGGACAUAUGACAUGAUCUGAUGUAUGUUUUCUGAAGAUCAUUCUGGCUACUGUGCGGAUCCUGAAUUAUAAGGGAGCAGUAGUGGAAGCUGGGAGAUGAAUGAGGAGUCCUGCGAGAGAUGAGACUGGCCUGGACCAGCGUGGAAGCAGUAAAGAUGGGGAAGGUGGCUGGAUUCUCCAUGUGUACUGGAGGGAGCACCCACUGCACUUGCCAAUGGUCAGCGGUGGGGUGGAGGAGCCACAGCAAGGCUGCUCACUGAGGCGACCCUAGGACAUCCACACUCCCAGAGGAGAGUUUCUCCAUAGCUGGGGAAGGUGUAGGAGUGCAAGCAGACUGGUGGCAAUGGCAGGAAAAGGGGACACUUCUUUCCCAGAGUCUCCUUUGUGGUACUUUCUGUCCCUAAAAAUAAGUGCCUCAUGACCCUGAAUAUUCUCCCAGGGCAGACCUUGCUUUGGGAGAGGUUAGGGGAGCCAGUAGAGAGGAAAAACGAGAGGCCAAGGUCAAGUCUUGGCACCCCCAUCCCCACCUGCAUGUGUAGCCCUGGAUUUCAGCUUUGGUAGGAAUCCUCCGUGUCCUCUGUGCUGGGUUGGAGGGGGACAUCAUGGGGCAAAGCCUUGUCCUGCAGGGGAGGCCAGGCCUCAUUUGAGGCUUCAUUGGCCACUGAGAAGAGGCUUACCUGAGGCAGGGAGACCUUUCGAACAGACUUGGUUCAAAGAAAAGAAGCAAAGCAGUGGUUUCCCUCUGAAGCCUAGUUAUUAUUCCAAUUAAGCCGCCGCAAAAUCUGCUCCCAUAAUAACACACUGUCCAGGAGGACUCUGGGGUGUUUCAUGGAGGAGCUGGCUGAGGGUGGGGUGCAGGUCUGCGUGCUGACAGGUCACACUGGUCCUGGGCAGCAGGAAACAGCAGCAGGAAGAGAUCCUGGCAGUCAAGGGGUCCUGUUGUCAGGGGCCUUCCUUACUGCACAGCUCACUGCCUUGCUGAGGAGGCCUUCAGGUGGCUGCUGGUAGAAUUGUUCACCUGGCCUAAGUCUGCUGUGGUAUUAAUAACCAGCACCCAUAUGGAAUGCCAGCCACUGUGCUAAGGGCUUUAUGCUGCUCUCCUUCACUCACCAGCUGAUUCUGGCCCACAGAUGUGUUUAGUUUGGCCCUCUCUAAGUGUUUUAAAUAUCUAAAUCAGUUGCCAGCAUUUUAAGUUCAGGAGAUUUAUGUUUAAUUCCAGAUCCAAUUUGUGUCUUUGGGGAAGUAUGUCUUUCCCAAGGUCCCUGGUCUAGUGAGGGGUUGAGAUAGGAUUUGAACUUGACCUCCCUGAAUCCAGUGCUGCUGCUUUUAUGCUAUGGGACAGCCUGGCUUGCAAGUGCCUAUUUGCUGGAAAUGAAGAAAAAUGCAGUUCAUGUAGAGGAUUUCAGAAGAAAACAGAUGGGUGCAUGAAGAGCACUUCUCUCCCUGCUCCUACCCCACCUGUGACAGCUGGGUUGGCAAGAUUCAGGCUGGAGUCAGAGUUGUGUUACAGUCACCUCUGUCACACGCAGACCCCAGAGGACAGCAGGGAUGGACAUGGAUCUGGGUAGUGGAGUGUUAUUGCCCCAUUCAAUCAUUCAGUCUAUGACCUGAGCCACUGGGCUACACAGAGGCAGAGUAGUCUCAAGGUCAAGAGCAUGGUCUCCUGAGUCAGAGAAACCUCUUAUAAGAACUGUGAUCUUGGGCAAGUCACUUAACUUCUGAGCUUCAUUGUCCCCACCUGCAAAAGGGAAGCAGCCAUCAUGCCCGCCAGCACCAAGGGCCAGUUCUGAGGCCUCAUUGGGGUCCCUGUGUGCCAGGAUGCGCCCCUCCCCAAGCAGUGGGUACUUAGCUGUUUCAACUCUGGUUCCUGCCUCCUUGGCAUCCAUGCUUCUCUCCACCAGGCAUGCCUCCAGACCUCCACACCCUCUGGAGAGCCCUUGGCCUCCACCUUUGCAGCUGGGCAGCAAGCAGCCCCAGUGAACCUUUCAUCCUGACCCUACUCUUGGGAGACAUGGGGGUGGAGAAAAGCUCCUGGCUAAGGUCAAGUUUGAGGCCAGAGGGUCCUUCUGAGUAGCUCAGAGUUCUGGGUAAUUGCAACCCACUUUAGAGAGCCAGUGCUCCUAAGGCCUCUGCAAGGCCACAGUAAAAUAAGGUGACCCCUCCCAGGGGUCCCACCCCUCCGCAUGAGUAGACUUGGGGUGACAGCAGGUGGCAAAUGGGAUUCACAGUGGGGUUGGGCAGCCCGGUUGGUUGGCAGCUGGGCUUUCUCCCUACUGACACUGGCUCCUUGUCCUUUCCUGUAUACAGUGAGGCAGCCCAGGGUCUAGGCUGACAAAAACAUGGUGCAAAGCCCCGUGGGCUCUGAGCCCCGGGUCUGUUCUCUGAAUUGGGACUCAGCCACUGACUAGCUGUGAGACCUAAGGCAGGUUAACAAGUCUCUCACUGUGCUCCCCUCCAAGAGGGGACCAGAGCAGGCUCUGCCACCCAGGACUCUGCAGGAUUAGAGGAAAUAGUGGGUAGGAAAGCACUUCCAACAGGCAGGAGCUGACAAGGGCACAAAGGCAGCUCAGUGUGGGCUCGGGGAUCAGACCACGUGGAUUCAAAUCCCGGUUCAGCCGAGUCACCAGCAGGACAAGGCACUGAGCCUCCUCAGUAAAUGAAGCUAAUAGCUCACAACUCCCCAGGUUGUUAGGAACACGAGAUAGCUGAGUUGGCACGGGUAGGGGAAAGAGCUCAGUAUGGGAGAGCCGCCCUUCUACCUUGAAGCUAAACAUUGUAGUGGAGGGAAAUGAGUUUGUAUCUUUACCUGGAGAUGGACACUGAGGGGAGGGUGGGCAGCGCAGCAGCCCCUUCACUCUGGCCUGGUGCGGCUUGGGAACCCAGCGUGGGGCCUCCCUGCCCCCACCCCAGUUCCGCGCCCCUCUGGCUGCCACUCUCAGGAUAUGCAGAGUGCAGGCUCAGUGCUUGUGGGCUGGCUUGUCCCUCAACUCCCAUCGCCUGGUCCUCCUGGAAGAGUCUGUCUGUUUCUGUGCCCUCCCUCCUCUGCCUCAAGCAGGGCACCACGUGCAACUUGCAGAUGGAAGAGAAGAGGCGAAAGUACUCCAUCAGCAGCGACAACUCUGACACCACCGACAGUCAUGUUACAUCUGCAUCAAGAUGCUCCAAACUGCCCAGCAGCACCAAAUCGGGCUGGCCCCGGCAGAACGAAAAGAAACCCUCCGAGGUUUUCCGGACAGACUUGAUCACAGCCAUGAAGAUCCCAGACUCGUACCAGCUCAGCCCGGAUGACUACUACGUCUUGGCAGACCCAUGGCGGCAAGAAUGGGAGAAGGGUGUGCAGGUGCCCGCGGGGGCAGAGGCCAUUCCCGAGCCCGUGGUGAGGAUUCUUCCACCGUUGGAAGGCCCCCCUACCCAGGUGUCCCCUAGUGGCUCUGAACUUGGUGAGGGCUCCCAGCCUGAUUGGCCAGGGGGCAGCCGCUAUGACUUGGACGAGAUUGAUGCCUACUGGCUGGAACUCAUCAACUCAGAGCUCAAGGAGAUGGAGAAGCCAGAGCUGGACGAGCUGACGCUCGAGCGUGUGCUGGAGGAGCUGGAGACGCUGUGCCACCAGAACAUGGCGCGGGCCAUCGAGACGCAGGAGGGGCUGGGCAUCGAGUACGAUGAGGAUGUCGUCUGUGACGUGUGCCGCUCUCCCGAGGGCGAAGAUGGCAACGAGAUGGUCUUCUGCGACAAAUGCAACGUCUGCGUGCACCAGGCAUGCUAUGGGAUCCUCAAGGUGCCCACGGGCAGCUGGCUGUGCCGGACAUGUGCUCUGGGUGUCCAGCCGAAGUGCCUGCUCUGCCCGAAGCGAGGAGGAGCCUUGAAGCCCACUAGAAGUGGGACCAAGUGGGUGCACGUCAGCUGUGCCCUGUGGAUUCCUGAGGUCAGCAUUGGCUGCCCCGAGAAGAUGGAGCCCAUCACCAAGAUCUCGCAUAUCCCAGCCAGCCGCUGGGCCCUGUCCUGCAGCCUCUGCAAGGAGUGCACGGGCACCUGCAUCCAGUGUUCCAUGCCUUCCUGCGUCACAGCAUUCCAUGUCACAUGCGCCUUUGACCACAGCCUGGAAAUGAGGACUAUCUUAGCAGACAACGAUGAGGUCAAGUUCAAGUCGUUCUGCCAGGAGCACAGUGAUGGGGGUCCACGGGGUGAAGCUCCGUCCGAGCCUGUGGAGCCUAGCCCAGCUAGCGAGGACCUGGAAAAGGUGACUCUUCGGAAGCAGCGGCUGCAACAGCUGGAGGAAGACUUCUAUGAGCUGGUGGAGCCAGCCGAGGUGGCCGAGCGCCUUGACCUGGCCGAGGCACUAGUCGACUUCAUCUACCAGUACUGGAAGCUGAAGAGGAAAGCCAACUCCAACCAGCCGCUGCUGACGCCCAAGACGGACGAGGUGGACAACCUGGCUCAGCAGGAGCAGGACGUCCUCUACCGCCGUCUGAAGCUCUUCACGCACCUGCGGCAGGACCUGGAGAGAGUUAGAAAUCUGUGCUACAUGGUGACAAGGCGCGAGAGAACGAAACAUGCCAUCUGCAAGCUCCAGGAGCAGAUAUUCCACCUGCAGAUGAAACUUAUCGAACAGGAUCUGUGUCGAGAGCGGUCUGGGAGGAAAACAAAGGGCAAGAAGAGCGACUCAAAAAGAAAAGGCCGCGAGGGCCCCAAGGGCAGCCCCGAGAAGAAAGAGAAAGUGAAGGCAGGGUCCGACUCAGUCCUGGGGCAGCUUGGCCUGUCUACCUCGUUCCCCAUCGACGGCACCUUCUUCAACAGUUGGCUGGCGCAGUCAGUGCAGAUCACCGCAGAGAACAUGGCCAUGAGUGAGUGGUCGCUCAACAACGGGCACCGCGAAGACCCCGCCCCGGGGUUGCUGUCCGAGGAGCUGCUGCAGGACGAGGAGACACUGCUGAGCUUCAUGCGGGACCCCUCGCUGCGACCUGGCGACCCUGCCAGGAAGGCCCGCGGCCGCACCCGCCUGCCUGCUAAGAAGAAACCACCACAGGAUGGGCCCGGUUCACGGACGACCCCAGACAAACCCCCCAAGAAGCCCUGGGGCCAGGAUACUGGCAGCAGCAAAGGGGGUCAGGGACCACCUGCCAGGAAGCCACCACGGCGAACACCUUCUCACCUGCCAUCCAGCCCUACAGCUGGGGACUGUCCCAUCCCAGCAGCUCCCGAGAGCCCCCCACCACUGGCCCCCGAGACCCCGGAGGAGGCAGCCCCGAUGGCUGCCGACUCUAAUGUCCAAGUGCCUGGCCCUACAGCGAGUCCCAAGCCCUCAGGCCGGCUCCGGCUGCCCCGUGAGAGCAAGGGAAACCGGAGAUCGCCAGGUGCCAGGCCUGAUGCGGGGACAGGACCGCCUUCUGCUGUGGCCGAGAGGCCAAAGGUCAGCCUACACUUUGACACUGAGACUGAUGGCUACUUCUCUGAUGGGGAGAUGAGCGACUCAGAUGUGGAGGCUGAGGACAGCGGGGUGCAGCGAGGUCCCCGGGAAGCAGGGGCUGAGGAGGUGGUCCGCAUGGGGGUACUGGCCUCCUAAGUCACCCCUUCGCCUGUCCUGGUCCCCUCGUGAGGCCUCAGCCCAGUGACAACUGCCAUUUCCAAUCUCCGCUGAGUGUCUCAGACCCUUGAGGCUGCCACUCUGAUGUGGUUUUAUUUUUAAUAUAAAGAGAGUUUCGAAUUCCACACUAUUGUCUUUCCUCUAUGCUGGCCUAGGAUGUUAGGAUUCCUUCCACGGCUCUGGCCACAAGGACCAGCCCUGGUCCUGUGCACCAUCAUGGCCGUGGCAGCGUCCCUGCCUGGGCCACGCAGUACUGCUGGGCUCCUGGCUACAUGUAGGCAAGGUGAUGAAGAGCUCAGGACUCCUGCCCGCUGCCACUGGGUGACACAGACUGUCGUUUGGGCAUUAUAUGGCAGAUGGGCCUGGCCCUGCCUUGCUCCCAAAUCCCACUGGGGUCCAUCUGGGGGGGUCCUGCUGCACUUCACUGAUCCCCAAGGAAGUAUGAUAAGUGAUACCCAGCCAGAGUCUACUCACUGUCACAAGCACAAUGAGCUUAUACAAGAAAGCACUGAGGGGGCGAAGAGGGCCUGCUGGUUCCGAGGGAACCACAGCUGUUCCUGGUCAACCCACAUCAUUGGAGGCCUGCCCGCCCACCCUGCGAUCCUCCACUCCCCUGCUGCUCUGCCCCUGCCAGUGCCCAGCCCGGCGGCUCUGGGGAGGGCUUCCCAGAGUCCUUCCUGAGCUGUGCCAUUUUCUCAGGGGACUCCCAGCCAGCCAACCGCCAGUGCCGGCGGGGGACUGCGAGGGAGGGCCAGUGCCCGGUCAGGGGCGUGGGGCUCAGACUCGCCCACUACAGAGAAUCGCUCUGGGACUCCAACUUCCUUCCUUCCUUCCUUCGGGGCCAGUCUCGGCCAGGGUCUGAUCACUCCCAGACAGCUGACCAGACCAGACCAUUUGCCUUUUCAAGUUUCCUGCUAAGUGAUGAGCUUCUUCCUCGGUUUCCUUUUGGAAACUCCUCCUUCCAACAAGCAGUGGGAUCCCGGGGCCCGGGACGGGUUAGUGAUGGCCUGCCGGGGCUGUUUGAAGUCUUGCUGGAUCUUCCUGGUUCCUCUUCCCCUCUGAGCCUUAACCCCCUUUCCCAGCUGUGCCCUUCUAGCCCUUCCCUCCCCACCGUCACCGUCCUGCCUUCUCCGCUUCACCCUCUAAGUCCCAGGUAGUAGCUCUGAAGAGUUUCAGUGGAGUGGCCCCAGGGUGAUAGCUCAGGGAACAAAUGAAAAACAAAAAGGAAUUCAGUGAAAACAUGUUUUUUUUUCUUUUAUGACUUACUCCUGGGUCACUUCUGCCACUGGUAAAGCCAGAACUUCUCCAACAAGAACCUUGCAAAAGUCCAGUGAAUCAGUCGAAUCAUUCUGUGGAUGCCAAAGAAUAUUUUGACCAUAAUACAGCACAGCCAGGACCUGACAACUUGUCACUUGGACUUUUUUUAAAAAUGGAAUUCUUUAGCAACCAAGUAUAGAAACAUGUUUGUUGCACACACCCAAGGAGGUGAGCCCAAGCUCUCGGACAAGGAUGCUGUUCUGCUGCUGCUGGUGGUGGAUUUUGGAUCCUGGGCCCACUGUGAGCUCUCCUGAACCCUAAAACUCCACAGGAGGAGACUGACGGUGAAACCAGCGUGGCAAAAGUCUCACCAUGGGGAUCCCCCUCACAUAACACAAAGCGCAAAUCUGUGGGAUGGGGAGCAGGCUGAGCACCCAUCCCCGACUCCAGACUUUUCAAGGUACGACAGUGGCAUGGUCAUGGACACUCAGUUUCAUGUGAAUUUUAUCAAAACAGGAAACAAAGAUAAUGACUAAGUUUAAAGGGCUGGACAGAUGUGUCCAGUCGGAGCAGACUCAGAGUGGGCUUCAAGGACUCUGGGUGUUGGGAUGGCAUGAGCUACUGUGUAGAGUUUAGUCUGCCUGGCGCCUUGGUGAUAGUGGCCAGCGCAGUGUCAGCAGCAGCGUCCUAACCCCAUUCUCUGUUUACUGCCUUUGAACAGAUCUUCUUCCUUCCCCGUGGUUCGGGUCAUCUCGGGUCACAACCUUGUCUGUGCUGGAUUGCCUGGUCUGACCUCACAGGAAGCAAAGGGACCAGCUUUAAAGAACAACCAAACUCUGCCAGGAGGUGGGGUGCUCAGGUCCAGUAGACUCGGCUCUAGCCUGCUUACCCUUCAUCCAUCCUGAGGCAGGGUCUGGGAGCUCUGGGGGCGAGGUAGGGCAGUGAACCAGGGCAGGAAGGUGGUAGGUCUGGUCAGGGCCUGGACUGGGUGGGCCAGGCCAGGAGACCAGCACUCCUCCAGAGGGCCUCUACUCAAGUUGGCCUGUAGAUUUCAACCCACUUCUCAGUUGGCUUCUGCUUUGAGCUGAAUUAUCCCUGGGGCCCCGUGUCCUGCACGGAGUCCCGGUGCCUCUAAGGCUGGCUGCCCAGGGUCUGCCAGGCCAGACCCAAGAGCUUUGCCAGGCAGCCGUCCACUACUAGGAUGUCCGGCAGGCUACAAAGAAGACAAGGAUACUGGUUCUCACUGCUGGCCUUUCUGCCAUCAGCCACAGCCCCUUCACUUUUUCCAGCUUCCCAUCCACAGUGCAGACAGCUUUGCUGCCUUUGAGGUCAAGAUGGGAAGCUGAGGAGAAGGCAGGAGGCCUUUUCCAGAUUAGAGGCUGAGGUAUGUCUUUCAUGUGACCAUAUCUGCCCACACUCAGUGGCCCUCCUCAGGGAGGGACAAGCUGCUCUGGAAGUUAUCCUGGUGGUCUUUGCCACUCUCCUGGUCUCUGCUGCCCACCUCCUUCCCCCUUCUCACAGUGAGAAAGGAUAAUGUGCAAGGAAAGUAUUUUUAUGGAUCAUAAAUGUAUUUUAGAACAAAUACGGAGAAGAAAGGUUAGAAGGGUUUAUUUUAUUAAAUGAGCUCUGACUUGGUGACAGUGUGUGGACAUUUGCAGUGUGAAGGUCUCAGGUUCCUUGGAGAAGACACCCAGGUUUCCAAACAUGGGUGUUGAGCUGUGGAUGUGUGAGUGUGUGCCAGGGCACGUCUUGUGUGUCCAUGUGGCUGUGUGUCUGUGUGUCAUGUAUGGGCACACAGUGGGACUUGCCAGGGCAGUUUCUAGAGAAUCACAUGCCCAGUUCUGACAGACAUUGGCAGCAGCUGGACUUGGCAUUCCUUGCUUACUGCCAGAUGUGGCCAACCUCUGCCCAUACCCCAAGCUUUGCAGAGUGGUCUGGAUGCCUGUGACGAGGCCCUUGGGGAGGCCACUUCCCAUGGCCCUGGCCCAGCUGGCCACAUUGGCCAAAGAGCCAGGGCUGGAGUCCAGGACCUUUGGUUGUUCUUUAAGGCACUUCCUGCCACCUUGUCCCUCAGACGCACAACACUCUGCGCUCCACAUCGGCUCGGGGUGGGGGGAUGAUAUGAAUGUCACAGGAGGAGACACCUUCUGUCUUUGUUUCAAAGAAAGUUGAUGUGCCAUUUGUUAAUAUACAAGAGAAAUAUUGAAAAUAUAUUGAAAAGAGCAAUUUUAAAUUAUUUUUGGCUUAUGUUGCAAUAUUUAUUUUCUUGUAUUAGGAAAGAUUCCUUUGUAGAAAAAAAAUGUAUUUUUCAUUAACGCAAAACCUAUUUCUCCUUUUUGUACAUUGUCCAUGUUCGCUACCCUUAACGAGCAAUAGAAUGUAUGGCUGCCUCGGGGUGGCCAGUGCCCGCGUCCCCUGCAUGCUCCUGUGAUCCCGCUACCACGUAGCUCCCAGUCCCAUCCUGUCCUGCUCACUCAUGGGGGUUUCCAGAGCCUAGCCCUCAACUGGAGCCUGUGGCUUCAGGACCCCCUCUGCAAUCCUCGUGUGUUGGCAAACGCAGUUAAUAAAGCAAUGUUUUCUGUGCU